UAGAUAUUUUGCUAUUUUUUUUUAUUAUUAAAGUUGAUUGUCUGAUAGUAAAUGCUGCAAAGAUGAUGUGUGAAGUGAUGCCCACGAUCUCGGAGGACGGUAGAGGGGGAGCGGGCGGCCAGUCUUCCCCAGCGGGAGGAGGGUCAGGCGGGCUGGGUGGAGGAGGAGGGCUGGGUGGGACGGGCGGGUACGGCAGCCGGGACCCGCGUGGUGGAGGUGGAGGAGGAGGAGGGGGAGGAGGAGAAGAGGGAAGCAGCACGGGGAACCUGGAGUCUCUGAUGGUCAACAUGCUGACGGAGAGAGAGCGCCUCCUGGAGAGUCUAAGGGACACGCAGGAGAGCCUGUCCACAGCCCACCUCAGGCUACGGGAGCUGGGCCACGAAAAGGAGAGUCUGCAGAGGCAACUGUCCAUCGCUCUGCCCCAGGAGUUUGCAGUUCUGACCAAAGAGUUGAACCUGUGUCGAGAGCAGCUUCUGGAAAGAGAGGAGGAGAUCGCCGAGCUCAAGGCGGAGCGCAAUAAUACACGGCUUCUCUUAGAACACUUGGAGUGCCUGGUCUCUCGCCAUGAGCGCAGUCUGAGGAUGACGGUGGUAAAGAGACAGGCCCAGAGUCCAGCCGGGGUGUCCAGCGAGGUGGAGGUGCUGAAGGCACUCAAGUCCCUGUUCGAGCACCACAAAGCUCUGGAUGAGAAGGUGCGUGAGAGACUGCGGGUGGCGCUAGAGAGGGUGGCCUCGCUGGAGGAGGAGCUGCAGUCUUCAUCUCAGGAGGUGGUGACUCUUCGGGAGCAGAUCAAACGCAGACAGCAGGGUCUGGACAAUGGGAAAGAGCGCCUCCCAAAUGGCCCCUCCUCCCUCCUGGACGAUGGAGAGAUGGAGCGACAGAGAGAGGGAGAGAUAGAGAGGCAGAGGUCAGAGCUCGGGCAGCUGAAGGAGCGACUGGCCCUCAUGUGUCGACAGGUGGGAGAGAUCGAGGAGCAGCUGACAUCGGCGCGCAGAGAACUGGCUCGAUCUGAAGAAGCCAACCAGAAACUGCAACGAGACGUCAAAGAGGCGUUGUGUCAGAGGGAGGACAUGGAGGAGCGUAUCACCACUCUGGAGCGCAGGUACCUGGCCGCCCAGCGGGAGGCGACAUCUCUCCACGACAUCAAAGACAAGCUGGAGAACGAGCUGGCUAGCAAGGACUCCCUCUACAGACAGAGCGAGGAGAAGAACCGUCAGCUGCAGGAGCGACUGGACGAUGCCAAACAGAAGCUUCAGCAAACACUCCAGAGAGCAGAGACUCUGCCCGAGGUGGAGGCACAGCUCGCUCAGAGGGUGGCAGCACUGAGCAAGGCGGAGGAGAGACACGGGAACUUUGAGGAGCGCCUGCGUCAGAUGGAGGCUCAACUGGAGGAGAAGAACCAGGAGCUUCAGAGGGCCCGGCAAAGGGAGAGAAUGAACGAUGAACAUAACAAACGUCUGAGUGACACGGUGGAUAAACUCCUCUCAGAGUCAAACGAGCGUCUGCAGCUGCACCUGAAGGAGAGGAUGGCCGCCCUGGAGGAGAAGAACGCUCUGUCUGAGGAACUGUCCAACAUGAAGAAGCUACAGGACGACCUGUUAGCCAAUAAGGAUCAGCUGAUCGCGGAGCUGGAGCGAAUCCAGCUCGAACUGGACCAACUCAGAGCGCGGCCCGGAGGAAACUACUCCAGUCGCUCCCUCCCCGGUAGCGCUCUGGAGCUGAGGUACUCUCACGGAGGAGGCUCUCUUCCCUCUGGUUCUCAUCUGGACAUGUUUGGACACGCCACGGUCGGGCCGGUUGUGCGCCGCAGUCACCGGGCCAGAUGGAGCUCAGCGCGCGAUGACGCCACCAAGUACCCAGACUGGGACAGCGCCUUGCUGGUCUCAGGCUUUGAUCGCGGGGUGGAGGUGGGCUGUUCCGAUGAGGAAGAGGAUGGAGACGGGCUCUUUGGCUCUGAGCUUCUGUCGCCGAGUGGACAGACAGACGUCCAGACACUCGCUAUAAUGCUGCAAGAACAACUGGAAGCUAUUAACAAGGAGAUCAAACUGAUCCAGGAGGAGAAGGAGAACACGGAGCUCCGUGCAGAGGAGAUCCAGAGCAGGGUGAGCGUGUCUCUGGACAGUCCCCCUCUCGGGCCCUCGUCACUGGGCAGAGACGCGGCCGGGCGGGCCUACAUGUCGUCCUCCAUCACCUCCUCCACCCUGGCAUCGCCCUCUCCACCCAGCUCAGGGCACUCCACGCCGCGGCUGCCCCACUCACCUGCGCGUGAGUCGGACAGACAGAAGGAGGAUGAUCGCUCUCUGGCCCUGCUUGACUCCACUCCUCCUCCCACUCCUCGAGCUCUGCGCUUGGACCGAAUGACCCUCACUCACCCUGGGGCCCUGCUGGAUGACCCCCGGGACUUCCGCAGUCUCUCGGCCGAUGGCAGUGGCACUAACAGCAGUCAGGACUCUCUGCACAAGAAAAAGAAGAGCAUCAAGUCCUCCAUCGGGCGACUGUUUGGAAAGAAAGAGAAAGGACGACUCGGGCAACCGGGGCGAGACGGGCCUGCCUCUUUAGCCUCCACGCCCUCUGAGGACCUGGGCCCUGGAGACUCCAUGACUCUGAGUAAAACUGGGACUUUAGGGCCGGCCGAUAAAGACCGACGCAACAAGAAGAAACAUGAGCUGCUGGAGGAGGCGUGUCGUCAGGGCCUGCCCUUCGCCUCAUGGGACGGGCCCACCGUGGUGUCGUGGCUCGAGCUGUGGGUGGGCAUGCCGGCCUGGUACGUGGCAGCGUGCCGCUCAAACGUAAAGAGCGGCGCGAUCAUGGCGAACCUGUCAGACACAGAGAUUCAGAGGGAGAUUGGCAUCAGUAACCCACUUCACCGACUUAAACUGCGGCUCGCCAUUCAAGAGAUGGUGUCCCUGACCAGCCCCUCUGCCCCAGCCAGCACCGGCUCUUCGACCAGUAACGUUUGGAUGACCCACGCGGAGAUGGAGUCGUUGAACGCGGCCACCAAGCCCCCCGAGCUUAAGGAGUUCAGCUGGGACCAGAUCCUUGCGUACGGGGACAUGAACCACGAGUGGGUGGGAAACGAGUGGCUCCCGAGUCUUGGUCUGCCUCAGUACAGGUCCUACUUCAUGGAGUCUCUAGUGGACGCCCGAAUGUUGGACCAUCUGACCAAGAAGGAGCUCAGGGGCCAGCUCAAGAUGGUCGACAGCUUCCACAGGGUCAGCAUGCAUUACGGCAUCAUGUGCCUGAAGCGCCUAAACUACGACAGAAAAGAGCUGGAGCGAAGGAGGGAGGAGAGCGCCACUGUCAACAACGAUGUGAUGGUUUGGUCCAACGAGCGCGUGAUGCUGUGGGUCACCUCCAUCGGAUUAAAAGAGUACGCCGACAACCUGCGAGAGAGUGGAGUUCACGGCGCGCUGCUUGCUCUGGACGAUACGUUUGACUACACCGACCUGGCCCUGCUGCUACAGAUCCCCAACCAGAACACACAGGCUCGCCAGGUUCUGGAGCAGGAGUAUAACUCUCUCAUCUCUAUGGGAACAGAGAGGCGGCCCGAUGAGGAUGGGGCAAAAACCUUCACACGCUCUCCGUCCUGGAGGAAGAUGUUCAGGGAGAAGGACCUUCGUGGUGUCACGUCUGAUUCAGCCGAGACGCUGCCGGCGAACUUCAGAGCCUCUGCCUUGGCCACGCCCCUUGCCACGCCCUCAGUGACCCUGAGGAAGGUCAGCGACGCAACCUCUGGAUCUCGUGUGGAGGCAGCGUCUGUGAGGACCUACUCCUGCUGAGGGCACUAGGACCCUCUUACUCGUCCACGGAUCAAAACGAAAAGCAAUGACCAUUCUGCAAUAACAGGACAGACCACAGGGGGCAGCACUGAGGAGACCACCACCGGGACCAACCGGGACUGUUCGAGGAGUGAUUUA